AUGAGCCAGACGAGUUUGCGCAUGAGUAGCAGCAGCGGUCGUGGUACGGCGGAAGCCAGCAGGCGGAGCAGUGUCCCGAGGAGCAUCUCCCCGGCCGACGGUCCCCGGCGGGCGAGCAGCCAAGCAGCUGGAAAGGCGCGCCGACGGCUCCGCCGUCUCAGCUUCUUCGACAUCGUCCUCGCCUCCUGCUGCGACGCCUAUUCCGCUGCUUGCCCUGCCACCGUCCCCGACCCGGCCCGUCGACGCUCAAAAUACUCGCGCCCAGAACCUUCGGCAAUCCCCCGGCGUCUCCUCCUGUCCUCUUCGCCCGCAAACGCUCCAGCACCUGGGGCUGGGUCCUCCAUGCCGCCGCCGCGAGGACCUGGGACCGCUGGAGAGGCUCCUGCGGCGCAAAACUCUCCCGCUUUCGUGGCUACUCUGUUCUCGGUUUCUUGGCGCUAUGGACAUCCUUGUCAUGUCCUCGAAUUCAUAUCGCUUCCUCUCUAA